GUGCAUACGGACCAACAGGUGCGUUGUGUGAUUAAGAAACCGGAUGCCGCCCCCGCCCAGAACGUGAGGUUGUUGUAGGCUUGUAGCUAUCCCGCCAGCAUAUCGGGCGCCGACAGGCUCUUUAUUCCUAGUUUAAUAGAUGAGGCUGCGUAGUUAUUUUGCUGAUCAAAAUUAAGUAAAUAUAUUAAAACUUCCCUCCCCCAUCUCUUCCUUCUAUCCAUCAAAUCCUCAUCGUUCAUAAUCUUUCCUACCACAUUCAUCUAUAUAACAAUGACGUUCCAACCGAAGCAAAUUACCCACUACCAGGCCGAGCACCUAGCUGAGCUUCAGGGAGGUGUUAGCGAGACUUCCAUCAAGUAUUGUCUGGAUCUAAUCCCUGCCAUCUCCGAGGGCGCCGUGAUCCACGACAAUGCCUGCGGCUCCGGUGCUGUUACGGAGACCAUCAUGAGCAUGAACCCAUCCAACAUUCACAUCGACGCCACUGAUAUCAAUCCGGAAUUCGUAAAGGGCUGUGCGGCAGUAGCGGACAAGAACGGGUGGCCCGUCACCGCUGCCGUCAUGUCAGCUCAACAACUUACGUUUCCUGACAAUCACUUCACCCACUCUAUCACUAGCUUCGCCUUCCACUGCAUCGGCGACCAGAACGCAGCUGCAAAGCAUAUCUACCGCACAGUUAAGCCGGGCGGUACUGCUGUUGCUACUGUCUGGAUAUUCAUGCCUCACGUCGAGGCUCUGCAACACGCGCACUGGCGCACACGAGGCAAGGAUGCCCCUAUGCCUCUUCUGCUUCCCCUAGAGCAUUACGAAGAAGCCGAUUUGCGGACGGCGCUCCAGGCUGGUGGAUUCAAGGACGAGAAUAUUACCUGUUACAAUAAGGAAUGCUACUUGACAGUACCCGAUCUCAAGAGAUGGGCACAGCUGGCGUGGAGUUUCUUAGGUAACAUACCAGGUGGAUGGACCCAGGAUGACGAGGAUAAGUGGGAUGAGGCCCUGGAGGAUAUUGUGGAACAGCUGAUGAGCGGUGACGGGAUCUCGAAGAAUGAGAAGGGCGAAACUGUACUUAAGAUGAUCGCUUGUGUUGCUGUCGCUAAAAAGUAGAUAACCUCAAGUAGUGCGCCAUGUCAUGUCUACACUACAUGUCACUCGUCUGAUCCGGACACAGAACAGAAUAUGAUUUAUUCGAACUACUUUGGUUUACCUAAUGCAUACGAGUAUCUUCAGAUAUUUUGUAGUUCACAAUAACAAAUAGACCAGUCA